AUGUCGAGGGACAUUACAGCACUUAGUAAAAAGAUGAUAUUCGCAUUGCACAGAGCUAUUCAGGCAAACAGCAGCAAUCCCAAUUACAAAGAAGCCGACCAACGCCAGAAAGAAAUUAUUGCUUUGUUCAGAAAGCUAGCAGGAGAUAUACAAGGGCUACAUUACCAUAGAUACUCCAGAAGCUUCUCGGGUGGAUUCGAAGAAUUUAUUGAGGCGAUCGCAUUCUAUCACUUUCUGAUCCACAAGACGGUUAUUACAAAGGAGCAAGUGGAUGGCUAUUUUAAAGACGAACAAGGACAAAUGUGGGUUCCUGUCAAGACAGAGGAUUAUAUUUUAGGUUUGGCGGAUUUUACUGGUGAGCUGAUGAGGUACGCUAUUCACGUAGUGUCUACGGGUAAAUAUGAUCAGGCCAUGGUUAUUUGUAAGCUUUUAAGGAAAAUUGACCUGGACUUUGACAUAAUUGCAACAUCCUAUAUGCCGCAAUUGAGCAAGAAGCUAGGAGCUUUGAAAGGAAGUAUUCGAAAAGUAGAACAAGCCUGCUAUACUUUCCAGAUCAGAGGUAGCGAAUAUCCAAAAGAAAUGUACCUAACAAUCAUCAAAAAUCACCAAGACCAAUAUGAACAAGAGCAGAAUUCUUAA